AUGGAGGGCUUGAUCGGGUCCAGGCAGAGCAUUAGAUCAAAGUAUGCCGAGAAGCUAAUGGCAAGGAGAAUGGCCGCGGAAUCGAGAAGGGAGCAGCAGGGACGAUUUGGUGUGGAAGCUGGCGAUGAGAAUUUUGCCAUGCCAUCGAUAUCUUCGGACAACAAGUUUGAAGCUGUGCGAGGGUCGAUGCAAUUACUGGGAUACUUGCAGGAACGAGGAGUGCUCCAGGCUCUCGUGGCUCCAAACAAUGGAAACCAGGAACGGGCAUACCUUGAUCAGCUGCUUCACAAGUUUAGCUUCGACUGCGUCGAGAACACCGAAGAUGGAUUGAGUGAGGAUGUGGUGAGCUCUCUCUGCUCAAAGUGGUGUCUUCCUGCGAAUCAAGUCAUGGUGGUGGUCUCGGCAGAUCUAAUCCCAGACCUCAUGAAUCCUGCCGGAAUCUUCAAGUGCCGCGUGACCGACGCCAAAAAUGCUGCUGCUGCCGAGGGAAAUCUUGAGGAAUUCGCUGCGGGCAGCCAAGAAAAACCAAGACAAACAGGGAUGUUUCAAUGGUUCCGCACAGAUUUCCAGCAGAUAUCUCCGGAGCCAGUUCUUCGCCCAGGAAACCAUUUCAAUGCGCAUUACAACGUGAAGGACAUGACACAGCUCAAGUGGCUGUUCGAAGAGCUCAAUGGAAUCUCUUACAGGCCCAUUCUCUCUGGGGUUAAAUGAGGUAAUUUAAAGUGUGGCUUU